GAGGCGGCGGCCCCUUCCGGUGCGGCCGGAAGCGGCCGUCCCAUGGUCUGGCGGCGGGAUGGCGGCGAAAGGGGCCGCGCUGCUGCUGCUGCUCGGGGCGGCGCCGGGCCCGGUGCGGGGCUCGCAGGGGGAUCGGGAGCCCGUGUACCGGGACUGCCUGGCCCAGUGCGAGCGGCGCAACUGCUCGGGGGCCGGCCUGCGGCACUUCCGCUCCCGGCAGCCGCUCUACAUGAGCCUGACAGGCUGGACCUGCAGAGAUGACUGUAAAUAUGAGUGCAUGUGGCUUACAGUGGGGCUUUAUGUCCAGGAAGGUUACAGAGUGCCUCAGUUUCAUGGCAAGUGGCCCUUUUCUCGCUUCCUGUUCUUCCAGGAACCUGCUUCUGCCUUUGCUUCUUUCCUUAAUGGACUUGCCAACUUUGUGAUGUUGACUAGAUACAAAGCAUCUGUCCCGCCUUCAUCUCCCAUGUACCACACCUGUAUCGCCUUUGCCUGGGUUUCAUUAAAUGCCUGGUUCUGGUCUACAGUCUUCCAUACAAGGGACACUGAUGUAACCGAGAAAAUGGAUUACUUCUGCGCUUCCACCGUCAUCCUGCACUCCAUCUACCUGUGCUGCGUCAGGACCCUGGGUCUGAAACGUCCAGCCUUUGCUAAUGCCUUUGGGAGUUUUCUGAUCCUCUUCCUGGCCUGCCAUGUCUCGUACCUGACGCUCGUGCGCUUUGACUAUGGCUACAACAUGGCUGCAAACGUGGCGAUCGCAAACAUUCGCCCAGCCCAAAGAGCAAGUCCUGCUUCCUGUGACCCUGAGAUCCUCCGCCCUGUACCGCUUGCCUUCCAGGCCUUCUCAACCUCUUCUGGUGGCUGGGCUGGUGCGUCAGGAACCAGCAGCGCCUCCCGUACGUGUGGAAGUGCGUGGUGGUGGUGCUGCUCCUUCAGGGCCUGGCGCUGCUCGAGCUCCUGGACUUCCCGCCCCUCUUCUGGAUCUUCGACGCCCACGCCAUCUGGCACAUCAGCACCAUUCCUGUCAACGUCCUCUUCUACAGGUCAGCCUCGGGUACGCGGUCUCUGGGGGGCUGUUUGGGUGACAGAACUGUGUAAUUAUUUACCAGGCGACUCCCCCCGUUGAGAUCCAGUCCCUGGAAUGGCUACAGCAAGAACCCAGACAGCCCGGCAAGAAGCUCUGAAACGUAAUCCCCCGUUAUGCAGCCAGGCCGCCAUAUGCUACAGCUCCAUCCGAUCUCGCCAGCUUGACAGGUUUGGGUUAGACGAAGUCACGCCUGGAAAGGGGUGCUUUUGACUCGCUAGAAGACGCUCUCCCUUCAAAGUGGGAACUGUCUCUAGCGUUUGGCAUCCCAACAAGAAGCAGUUUCAUGGUGAGUUCUUCCCAAAUGGGAGCACAGUCCGGACAGGCAGAUCUUACGACCCACCAACACUGAGAGCAGGGAGGAAGGGAGAUCUUGUGGUUAGGCUGCUGGCCUGGGACUCUGGAGGCCACAGCCUCCCUGUUUGAUCUUGGGCAAGUCACUUACUGUCUCUGUGCCUCAGUUUCCCUACCUGUACCAUGGGGGUAAGUGCAUUAACAAGUCUGAGAUGCUCCAGUACUAGGGGGCCAUACAAGUACCUAGACAGUGUGCGGGAUCCCUUAGCAUGAGGGUAAUUCUGCCCCGUUAGUGUCCCACCAGCCCACGUAGCCCAAACCAGUAACCCAGCAGGGAAGCCCCCGGUGCAGAGCCGCCUGUGUCGGCAGCGCAGGAGCAAAUGCAGGGCAAGGACUUGGCGCCGGUCAUGUUUUCAGAUGGAGUAAAUGUCAUGUGAGCUCAUUACAGUUAACAAGCUAACAGGGUGUGAGCUGUUGGAACUAAUUAUGCGCGUGGUGCCCUUUAGAGCACUGCUUGCUGGCAGCCAGGCCUAGCUACCGCUGCAGACAGGAGCUCAGAACUUCACUUCUGCCCGAGGAUGCUCGUGCUGGGUAGGCCUGUUUGGGGGGGUGGGGGCAGUGUUGUGUCCUGUUGUGCAGGAGUCCCUGUCCCCCCCUGCCCCCGCCUUAUCUCUCCCUCCCCAGGAUCUGUAUUUGGACAUCACCCACCCAGUGUGUGUGACUGUCCACCCUAUCCCACCCAAAGAGAAGACGCAUCCCAUUCCCAGAGCUCUCUCCCCCUGCUUCCAGGUCCCCUGACCCGGGUGCCAGCACCCUCAACCUCCUUGCAACUUCUGAUCUGAGUGACAUGGAGUCAGUGCCAAAAUGUACGGUGGAUCCAAAGUGCAGGGGAUUUAGGUUCAGAGCCAUGGCUGGUGUAAUGCUGACUUCCAGCUGCUGAGGAGGGGGCCCUCAGUAGUGAAGACACAAAAUGGUGGGUUCAGAGUGCGGCUGCUGGGAGGAGGUGGUGGCCUGGUACGGGUCAGACUGGGUGACCUGGUGUCCCUUCUGCCCGGGCACGGACUCCCUAUUGCAUUGACUGCAUAUUUCCGACAAAAAAGACCCUUUUCUUUGGAAUUAGCCUGAACUAGCUGCCACUGGAACAGCUUGGGUUCAAGUGGAGCAGUUUCUGGCUAGACCCCCUCCCCGCCACACCACGCUGCCUCUCACCCGCUCACGCUGCUCCCAUUAUCCUUGCAGUUUCCUCCGUGAUGACAGCCUGUACCUCUUGAAGGCAAACUCGGACAUUCUGAAAAUAGACUAAAGCUGUCGGGGAGGGGGCCUGUUGUGUGGAGAGGAGCGAUCCCCUUCCUGAUGGAAACUGUCACGUGAGACCUUCUGAGCUCCUUUCCCAGCAGCAUGCUGGGUCUCAAGGCUCUCGAGAAGCGGUGAUGUUGGGCACUUUCAUUGCAUCCCUGUCCACAAUAUGUGCUGUGCCAAGAUCUGCUCUCUGCCUUCUUUGCCUCCUGGGUGCACCCGAAUCCUGAGUAAAUGUCCCCCUCCGCCGGAGCUGAGUUUUGUUUCCUCUUUUUUUUUGCCUUUAGAAAUUUUAAUUCUAAUCCCAUGACUUGUUCCAUUAGAACAUCAAUGAUCCAUCUCACCCACGCGCUCCCCCCCACACACUGUAAUUAAUGCUCUUCUGAGCUACCGGGCAACAUGGUGCGUUUCCGUUUCCACUGUUACGAAAUCUGUUUGAUUCUCAGCUUGCUGAGGGAUUUCAGACUAAGUGGGAAAUAUUGGAGGGCCAACUGGUGACUCGGUAGACUGGAAGAUGUCGCGAGUACAUGGUGGGGACAUCUGGUCAUAAAGUUGUGUGGCCCACAGGACCUCCGACUCUGCAGUCCGGCACUGCUGAAAUGGAUUAUUGUUAAUAUGUGUAAAUAAGAUGGGUGGGCCAAGGGCAUAUGCUGCUCUGUACAUCGGAUUCACUCGUCCUCUGAGAAUAGAACGUGCGGGACACCUUCUUCAGCAGUUGUGGGGAGGUGGAUCUCCCAGGUUAUUGGGCACUUGGGGUGAAUGUGGGAGGUCUUUGCUGUGCAGAGGGGAUUUUUUUGAAAUGGGAUACUUGGUGCAAUCUUUGAAAAUCUCAGUGCAGUGUGAAAUGUCAGGCUGACUUAUUUUUCCGCUCCUUGACAAACCUGCUCUGAUGAAUCCUGUGUGCCCUAUAGGGGAAAAUGCCCCUUUCCUGCAAGGGGAGGGGGCGUUAAGGACCCCCAGAGAUUCCCUAGUCCCUGCAUGCCACUUUAAAUCACCCACAUGUUGUGGCUAGUGCACCAUCCUUUCUGGCUGUUAAAUGCUGAGAAGGGGCUCCCUGCAGGGAUGAGAUGAGGGCCUCCUGGCUAUAGGUGGGGAGUGACACUCCCCCCCCCACACACAUUAUUCCAGUUGUUGAGGGGAGCAAACGAAAAGAAGAACAGGACCAUUCUGUGCAUAAUGACAUUCCUGGCACCCCCUUUGCAAUUGCAUUAGUCAGUGGCCUGCUGUAUGUUACAGGAUUAGGGUCUUACUGAGCAAAGUGAAAGUCUGAGUGCUCUGGGCUCUGCUCGUAAAAGCAGAGAGACCAGGAAUGUGGCAGAAAGCCGAAGGGAUCAGCAAGUGCCUUCCUGAUUGCCAAAGGAAGUUAAUGAAGUAGAUGAUCGCUCAUCGCAAAAGUUAUGACUAUUGUUGUGUUGCUGUGCCACCACUAGGUGGCGAGCGUUGCCAAACCAUUUAUAUUUCAAACUCUCUCCAUCUCCCUGGAUGAGGCUUGCAGCCGGCCAGCUGGGCUGGUUCGCAUUCGCCCUGGGCUUCGUGCAGACAGAAGUGAAAGCAAUCCAGCAUCGAUGUGCCCUGUGCCACCAGAGCGGACUUGGGACGUUGGCUUGGAGAGACCAUGAAUCUGGGUGUCCUCCAUUGUAUUGUGCUGUACGGUCUCCUAGAGAAUUCAUGCCUUGUGUCUGAAUGGGCCCAGCCUGUGUGUGACCCCGUUAGAGACAGCCAGGCCGUUCCUGGUUCUGUUAAAGGCUUCGAGUUAUUAGCUCAGACUUCUAGUUUGCAUGGGGCUGCAGUGUUUGAUUUGGGGGAGAGUGUGUGUGUGUGGCUUGUUUGCAAAAUUAGAUUUAGUUCCACAGUUAAGAUAAAGUCCAGGUGUGUGAUUUGGGGGAGGGAUCGCACUCCAGUUGGGAAAUGAAUUUUGUUUUUGUGGAUGCAGCCUUGGUUAACCUCCAUGGCUGGGCUGGGCUGCCCACCCAACUCACAGAUGUGAAAUGAGAGAAGAGGGUAAUAUACAAGCUCUUCCAAACAAGGGACAGGAAGCCAAGAACUCACCAGGGACCUGAGCUACAAUGAAUCUGGGGAACUUGGUCCCUUCGCUUUGCGGGGUCAGUGCUGCUUGCUCAUCAGUAAGGACCUGAGUGGUUCCACUGACUUAGCUAGGACUGCCUAAGGCUCUGAUCCAGAGCCCUUUGCAGUCGGUGGACAGGAGGUCAGGCAUCCGUGCUUAGUGGACUGGGCCGUACAGAAGUCUGCAAGGACGAUGGCCUGGAGAACAUGAGCCAAGCUGGGAAGACCUGGCAAGGGGCUACCUCGAAGACUUGUGUUUAUGUUGGCCGCAGUUAGCACAAUAGCUUGUGUUCAGUGGAAGUUAGAGACUAUGGCAGCAUGGUGAUAACCCCAGAGAACUGUUAGUGGUGGCUAACUCUGUGUGUGUGUGUUUGUGUGUGCGUGGGUGCGCAUCCAGAUGUAAUUGACUACAUACCAUUAUGUUUGCCCCUGCUUAGGGGCAGGUGUCUGUCAGUCUGUGUAUCUGUCACUGCUUUGUCUUAUUGUUCAAAAACCAAACUGUUGAACUUAAGUUGCCUGUAACAUCCUUGUCCUGGUGAUGAGAAAAUCUUCUACAGCCCAUAUGUUUGUCCCAGCCUUACAUAUGUGUCUCUCUCUUCUCUUCUGGCUCCCCCUUGUUUAACCUGCCUGUUUUCUUCCCAGAGAAACCACCCAAUGCCCUGGCUCUCCUCCAAUUCCAGAGCUUGUAAACUCCACCGCUGCCCAGCUGCACUGAGCUGCUUAAUGCAAAGAGUGACUUCUGCAUGUUCCCCAGACGUCUGUGGAAAGAUCAGUCCAGACAAGCCACCUUGAAAGCUUUAGGAAAAUUAAAAGUGGAGGCCAGCACAAUCCUGGUCCUUAUCGCUUAUUAGCCCCUGCUCUGAAUUCCAAACACUCUUUAACCUGGUAUCCUCCAUUCAUCUUGCUUUACAGAGAUCCUAGACUAGCCAUACCCCUGGUGCAGGAGCCCGUAACUUUGCAGAGCCAUAUCCAGAAUGAGCGAACGGAGAUGUUGUAUGAUUCCGCACACUUUGUCAUCUGGCUAGCGGAGAAUGCCCUGUCCAGCUAGCUCCUGGGGCAGGGAAAUCUCAAGGUAAACAAGUAGAAUCCUCUUCCUGCCGGAUGAGAGCCGUCUGUGAAGGGGUGCAGUACCCGCUGCACAGGAAGGGCCAUUCCCACGCAGGUGGAUCUGAGCAGCCAAGGCCAGGCUCUCCGUUGGAUCGGCGCUGAAAGUACUAGGCAGGCCAGCUUUCAAGUCAGGCCCUGGAAUUUCAUGUUGGAAGUGGCGUGAUUAGAGACCAUGCACAGCUCUUGAAGGGGGGCAGGGUACAAUUUAAAGAUUUGGAGGGGCGGGGCGCGCCUGCCUCACACGUGUCCUCUGGGCUGAAGAGCAGCAGUAGAGCCAGGAGGGCCAGGGCAGCGGCGAGUGAGCGCCUCAGGGAGCAUCUCAUGGCAGCUGGUCUCCACUGGCAGGGGCUGGCUCCUGGGGGGAUCACCGGUCAGCCCCGGGCUCCUUCGGGGGGAGGCAAGAACACAUCGGGGCACAUCUUGGAGCUGUGCCUCCCACCCUGCCUGGGGAGCGCCCAGCCGUGCAGAGGCGGCCAGGCUCGGGGAGCAGAGGAACUAGCCAGCCAGCCAGCCAGCGCUCCAGCUCCCACAGCCCAGAGAGCUAGUGACCAAAGCAGGCUGGGCAGCUUCCCACCAGCUUCCAAUCCUCCGGCUCCUGGCAGGAGGCGAUGAUGGUUUCCAAACUGUGGGCCCCACGGUUUGAAAACCUGAGUGCUAAAUGGAGGACAGACACCGGGGGGCGGCUCACGUGUCCCCCUGCAUUGCUUCUGGGCGUGAUGUGCACUGAUCAUGAGCAGUGAGAGGGGGCGAGUGGAGCUGAUGGGAUGGCAGCUGGCGCUGGGUGGCUGGAACUGGCUGAAGCUUUUCCCACAUUCAGUGCACUGUAGUGGGGUCCUUCUCUGGCUGAGCCCGGCUGGGCAGUGACAUGUCUGACUCGCUGGGACCUCUCUUGCAGCCAGUGAAUUUACCUGGUCUCUUCCCUGGAGGGAUUCUGUCCCCGAGGACUCGGGGUAUCUUCCUGGCAGUGGCCCAUGCGGUUCCACAAGGCCAGGCCCUCCUCUCGCUCGUCUCCAGUCGCAGUCCCACCCUCCGGCAUGCAGUGGUCCAGAGCUGUGGCUCUCGCCCAGGGGUCUGCCAAAAUACACCAGAGAGCAGGGUUGAAGUUGAAGCCUGAGCAAUUUAGUUUUGAGGGGCCCCCUGUGGCAUCAGGCCCUGGGCCAUGCCCGGCUUGCUACCCCCUAAUGCUGGCCCUAGCUUUUAAUCCACUGGAUAUGCAGUUGUGGCCCAGAUGGGCCAUGGAAUUUUUAAAGCAUGUUGGGGGGUGCUCAGAAAGAGAGGUUGAGAACCCCUGGUCCAGAGAAUGGCUCCUUCACCUUGGUAGAGCCUCCUGCCUUCCUUAUGCUGGGGCUGCAAUAGGCCAGCUGGGCUCGCUUGCCAAGGUCGGCACCAACUGGCAUAUCUGCUGCUUCCUAGGUCGCUGGUGGGCGUUGGCCUGUUACUGGAAGGAGUCGUGAUAGGCCUCGGUACCAUCCUCUUCUGAUAGUGCUGGGACGUGGCUGGGCUUUCCCAGGUGGGGGUGGGGCUGAUGCCAGCAUUCCCUCCUGGCACGGGGCCUCCUGACACUCCAGCCCCUGCUCUGUCCCCUGAGACUGGCCUAGCAGGACUUCCCUUGCUUCCCCCACUUCCUGAAGAGCCAGCGUCCCUUCUUCCCACUUGCUCCAGGGCUUGGCACCUGCUCUGCAGGCCCAAGGCUCUGACCUCCCCUUUCCAUCCAGCCCAUCCCAGGGCUUUGCCUUAUUCCAGCCUGGUCUCCUGUAGUCACUGUGCUCCGAGUCUCGGGGGAAGCUUCUCUGGAAAAAAAUGCCCUGUCUCUGGUUUUAAACCUUAGUUUUCCUUAUUCACUGUGUGUGCGCGUGUGCUGGAGCAGAUAGUUUUCGGGCCAGUUUAAAAACUCCUGUUGCACUGGGAGGCCUUGAUCCAUGAGCCCCUCCCUCCCCGUGGCUUUCCACCAGAGUGCUGAACCCGAGCAAGGAGGAGGCAUUUGGUGUGAAGCUGUAGUUAGCAGGGUUGUAAUGGAGACUUCUCAUGGAAAUUCUUGCCAAGAACAGACUGGCUGUGUGGGCAGUGGUGUACAACAGGUGAUCGUACAGUGAAAGCAGGUGAAGUUUCGUGUGUGUGUGUGUGUGUGAGAGAGAGAGAGAAAUGAUUGACCUCGGCCGCAAAAGCAGCUUGUGGCCUCUGAGCGCUCUGUGCCAACUUCUUGCUGAAAAGUCCCAGUGGGUAAUUUUAGAAGUAGAAAACAAACAGCACAUCCUCCCCAGAUAGCUUCCAGCCAACGCAGCACAUUGUGUGCUCGCUCGCUGGCCUUUCACCCUCGUAGCUAUCACCAGAGCCUGGCAUCUGUUUUUCACAUGGAAAGUGACCGGACAUUCUACUGGCAUCACCCCUGCCAGCCACUUCAGCUGGGCUUGGUAAUAGAAUUUCCUGAAGGUGACCCGAAAGUGCGGUUGGUGGGAGCAGCUGCUUUGCUGCGGGGGAAAGGGGGAGAGCAUAGAUUUGUGGGUUUCUUUUUCCUCCUCCGUUUCCGAGGAUAUUUCCUUCUCUGGUUAUACAGGUGAUGGGUUGGGAUAAUCUGUAUAUAUCAUGGUAAUAAGGGAAUGGGGGCAGAUUUUUUAUCACUGUACAGCCCACACACCUGUCGUGUGGGGAGGUGACUGUGACUAACGUGUAUUCUGUUGCUGUUUCACUUCUUAAAUCAGCUCUUUGGAGCGUGAUCGGUUCAUUGUAUUAGACUUGGGUCAAGUCGGCGAUUAUUGUAAACGGUGCAAAUGAACCUUUGUCUGUGUUGUUGUCCUGGUUUCUCUGAGAAUAAAAUUGUAAUUAAUCUAA